GAUUUUCGACUGUCCCUUUAAAUACAUAAAAUAUUCGUAAUACAAAUCGCAACUGAAUCCGUUUAUUAAAAUGCCCUAACUAACCGACGACCGCAAUCACAAAAUAACAAAUUCGAAACACGAACUGGUUCCGACUCGACGCAAGCGCACUCCACCGCCGUCCACUGUGUGCACAUUUCAUUGAAAAUGGCCGCGCUGAAAACCGAAAUCAAACCGGACGAGGAGAACGACGACGAAAUUAAGGUCGACGCGAACGGCGACCCGGCCGAGAACGGCGACGCCACCAAGAAAAAGAAAAAAAAGAAGAAGAAAAAGUCCGGUAAACACGCAACGAGCCCGACGUGCGAGGUAAACAAAUUCAUGUGUGUGUGUUAUCCCGCAGGUGAGGAGACGCAGGAGCCCGCACCGGCGGAGAACGGCGACGCCGCCGCCGCCGACGAGAACAAAGAUGCCGAGAAGAAGAAAAAGAAGCGGAACAGGAAGAAGGGCGGCAAGCCGGCCCAGACCGAUCCGCCGUCCAUACCCAUCGUCGAGCUGUUCCCCGAUCAGGUGUUCCCCGAGGGCGAGAUCAUGGAGUACCCGGGCAAGGACGACCGCACCGCCAAGGACAGGUUCACUUCAGAGGAGAAGCGUGCCUUGGACAGAAUGCACAACGAUAUCUACAAUGAAGUCAGGCUGGCUGCCGAGGCACACAGACAGACGAGGAAACACAUUCAGAAAUGGGUGAAACCCGGCAUGACCAUGAUCGAGAUUUGCGAGGAGCUGGAGAACACGGCCCGCAAGUUGAUCGCCGAGAACGGCCUGAAAGCGGGUCUGGCCUUUCCCACUGGUUGUUCGAGGAACCACUGCGCCGCCCACUACACCCCCAACGCGGGGGACAAGACUGUUCUGGAGUACGACGACGUGGUUAAAAUCGACUUUGGUACUCACAUUAAUGGAAGAAUAAUCGACUGCGCUUUCACACUUACUUUUAACGAUAAAUAUGACAAGUUGGUGGAGGCUGUUAGGGAUGCCACCAACACGGGGAUCAGGGCUGCUGGCAUUGACGUGCAAUUAUGCGAAAUAGGGGCGGCCAUACAAGAAGUCAUGGAGUCUUACGAAAUUGAACUGGAUGGCAAGACUUACCCCAUUAAGUCCAUUAGGAAUCUUAACGGACACUCCAUCGCCCCCUACAGAAUUCACGCAGGUAAAACUGUGCCAAUUGUUAAGGGUGGCGAGGCCACAGUUAUGGAGGAGAACGAGUUCUACGCCAUAGAAACGUUCGGCUCGACUGGAAGAGGUGUCGUCCACGACGACAUGGAGUGCUCACACUACAUGAAGAACUUCGACGUCCCCUACGUGCCUCUCAGACUGCAGUCCUCGAAGACGUUGUUGAACGUCAUCAACAAGAAUUUCGGUACUUUGGCGUUCUGUAAACGGUGGUUGGACAGGGCGGGUGCGACCAAGUACCAGAUGGCCCUGAAGGAUCUGUGCGAUAAAGGUGUUGUGGAUGAUUACCCGCCGCUGUGCGACAUCAAGGGUUGCUACACUGCCCAGUUCGAACACACGAUCAUGUUGCGUCCGACUUGCAAGGAGGUCGUCUCCAGGGGCGACGACUAUUAAACGAUUUUAUUUCAGUUAACCAGUUUCAGUUGUUUUACAAUAAUGGAUUAAUAAAAAAUAUAUAAUUAAA